AAUGUAAAUUAUAUAAUUUAAAUCGUCUGUGUGUUAAAUAUUUGAUCUUUUUUUUUUUAUAAACAAAGUUUUUAGUGUAAGGUUUAUUCCACUCUGUUCUGUAUUCUAAAUGCAUUCUAUAUACUAUAUUCAUUUAAUUUUAUGGAUUUUUUUACAUUUGGUUGUACGGGUAAAAAAGUAAUGCAAAGAGAUUUCUGCUGAAUGUAGAAAAUUAAGUACAAUACUAUUUGUAAAAAAAUUGAUAAUAAAUUGUUAAUAUUUUAGAAUAAAUUAAAUUUUGUGUUUCAUUUUAUUUUAAUUAAUUGAAUAAAAACAGACUAUUUUAAAUAAUAUUUUGUACCUAUUAACUGUUGCUUUUAAGAAAUUGAAAAUAAUAUUGUUAAACAUGCCUUAAUAUGCCUGUUUAAACUUAAGAAUAUAUUUUAUUUAACAUAUAAUAGGUUCUUUAACAUUGACAGUACAAUAAACAAUGAUAAAUGCACUAGCUUUACUUUUGAAAUCAUGUGAAAAGACUGACGUUGACAGUGUAAAAGAAAUUGAUGUUAAUGGUUGCUUAGGGUCUAGGUCAGGGGUGACACAGGUCCCCAAAAUCGCAGGUAGGGAGAAAUCAUCUGGCAUGCAACAUAAUUAAUAUUCCAUUAGAGGAGUUUCAUGUUGUUUGAGACAUUGAUUAUGUGUUGUUUUUGAUUUGGAUUUUUUCCUGGGUCCCACUGGUUUUUUGUCACUGAUGCCAGUAUUUUCUUUGCACUCUUUGCAUUUAUGCCUGGUGGAAAUUUGAGUGACAUUAUUUGAUCGGGUUGGUUCUUGUGUGUCUUUUGUGUUCUCUGUUGACUGCUGAUUAGGAUUUAGGAAUGGGGUAUGGGGCGAUUCUUGUUAGUACAUUUUAAUGAACAAUUGCCAGGAGUUUUAGAAGUUUGUAUUAUGUCUUGCAAGUGUGCCAACAUGAUCUGAAUUGUUUAGUUUUGCAUGUUUAUGGAAUUUUGGAUUUCACAUAGUUGUAAAAUUUCAGAAUUUUGGGUUUGGAUAAAUUCCAGUGUAAUAGACAAAUUUCUCCACCAACAAAGUAUAAACAAUUUAUCUUGAAUGAUCUCACUAUAUGGACUGGUGGGGUUUCAUGUUUGGUUGCCAGUGCUUUGUGAGCUUCUUUGGGAGAGUGGUUAUACUCCUGUUGAUAUUGAACAAUACCCUUGGUAGAUUUGUAAAAUGAGCAAGUUAGGGAUGUGUAGGAAUGUGAGUCCCCACAGUUGAUGCAUUUAGGUUCUGUGAUGGGGCAGGAAUAUGCUUCAUGGGGAUCUUCACAUUUUUUGCAUUUAAAAAAUAUUUUACAAAAGGGUUUUGUAUAUCCUAAGCAUAUUAUGGUAUAGUCUUGGAUGUUCUUGAUAUAUCUCAGUACGAUAGGAAGUAAAAAAAAACCUGAUACACUUUAGGAUUUUAUCGGUUUCCAUGGUUAUCUUGAUGGUUGUGGUAGCCGAGUAAAUUCUAUUGACGAUUCUUUUGAAUCUUCGGAUGAUAAUUGGGAAGAAGCUAUCUUCAUGUAAUUGUUCCAUUAUGUCACAUGCAUUGAAGUUGGUUGGAACUCCUUUGACAAUGAAUUGCUUAAGUGUAUGAGCCCUUUGUGAAAUUGAUGCUAAUGAGAAUGAAUGUCUUUGAUCUGUUUAAGUUGUAUAAUCUCUGGGAGAGUGGAUUGUUUGGACUGUAUGUAUAUCAGGCCUUGUCUAGUCAUAGAAAUAGCAAGGAUUUUAUGAUGUAAGGAAUAUAUUGCACUUGAGAUGUUUAUAAAUGGAUAAUUCAUCAAGAUUGUUGGUCCGGUAAAACCAGAUUUAGUUUGUAUGUUGGAUUAGUAAUCUGGAUGUUGUUUUUGGACAGGCAUUGAAAAAGUGACUAAUUGUCGUCAUCCGAAUUCCAUAUCCGGUAUUGGUCUACGUUAGAAUCUUGACGGUGAAUUGAGGCCAUGAUUGGACAGAAACAAGACCACACGGGGGAAAGCUAGUUUACUGGAUGUGGGAUGUGGAUCUGAAGCCGCGGGGAUACUCUUGUAGGUCGAGAGGGCUCCAAGAAAGCUAGCUUUCUUGGUGCCACGAGUUGACUGGUCUCGUGCGAUAGAUCUCCACGUGACGUAAUACUAACAAUCGAAAAUUUCGAAUUCACCUCUGGCAAAAGAAAAACUAAGGUCGAUAUUGUAUUGAUACUGUUCGUCAUGUGACCUUGAUAUGCUUCCUCUCUAGAUGACGCUAUCUUCCCAUCCCCAUGUCGUCGCACUAAAUGUACUGUAGUACGUCGCCUUUUAAGGGUAACGGUUUACAAAUUUAAGCGAUUGUAAAUUUAUGCAUCAUUUAAUUUAGUUUGUAAAUUAUUCAUAAAAAAUAGAAAUUUGAUCGAUUUUAGUAACGAUUUUUAUAUCUUGUUAUGCAGAUAUAUUGUAUUUAAAACAUAAACAUACGACGAUAACAGGAAACGAUGUUGGCAUCAGGAAUUUCCAUGAUGAAUUUUGGCCGUCUUAUUAACCGUACUGCCAAACUGUGUUCAAAAUCAAGAAGCUGGAUAAAAUGUAACAAGAAAGUCUGGACUUUUAACGUUACAGAUUCUUACAGAACAAAAUCCACAGCUCAAACAUCCAACAUUGGACUUAUCAACAGAGAAGGAUAUUUUAAAGAAAAAGACUUAAACUUAUUAGAUCAAAGAGAAGUGGAAGAAUUUGAUGCAGCAUUUACCUUUAUUGUAGAAGAUCUUAUUAAUGAAGAGGACAUCCAAGAUGAAAGAAUAAAAGAUGUUUUUAUUAGAUUCAAAGAAAUUUUGGAAUAUAAUAUACCCCACGGGAAAAAGAAGCAUGCAUUGGCUUUGGUUUCUACAUACAAAUUUUUAGUAAAGUCCAAAGAUUUAAUUGAAGAGAAUAUAAAGCUUGCAUAUAUUUUAGGAUGGUGUGUGGAAAUGAUUCAUGCAUAUUUCUUAAUAUUAGAUGAUAUUACGGAUCAGGCUUUUACUAGACGAGGAAGACCAUGCUGGUUUAGAAAUGAAAACAUUGGACUAAUCGCUAUAAAUGAUGCUAUAAUGAUUGAAAGUGGAAUUUUUUAUCUGUUAAAAAAACAUUUAAAAAACCUUCCUUGUUAUGUAAAUGUUGUAGAAGCAUUUCAUUGGAUAAUUAGAUUUAGUUCUUUUGGACAAAGCAUGGAUAUGAUGUCAGAAUAUUCUCGUCAGUCAUCCAAAUUUGAAUUUUUUACUGAAGACAAAUAUUCAGCUAUAACUAUGUACAAGACAGCUUAUUCAUGUGUUCUGCCUGUAAAAUUAGCAUUAUAUUUGGUAAGUAAAAUCCAUUCUCGUCAGUCAUCCAAAUUUGAAUUUUUUACCGAAGACAAAUAUUCAGCUAUAACUACGUACAAGACAGCUUAUUCAUGUGUUCUGCCUGUAAAAUUAGCAUUAUAUUUGGUAGGCUGGACAAAUGAAACUCAUCUUAAGAAUAUAGAACAAAUUUUAGUAAAGAUUGGACAAUAUUUUCAAGUUUUAGAUGAUUAUCUUGAUUGUUAUGGUGAUCCAGUGAUUAUGGGUAAGCAAGGUACAGAUAUUGUAGAUGGAAAAUGUUCUUGGAUGAUUGUUACUGCUUUGAAAAAAGCAUCUGAAGAACAAAUAGCUACUCUUAAAGAAAAUUUUGGUGUUCAUGAAGAAAGUGCAGUCAGAAAAAUAAAGCAAGUAUAUGAUGAACUUGAACUUCCUAAGUUGUAUGACCAGUACGAAGAGGAAACAUUUCGAGAAUUAACAAUACUCAUUGAUAAUGUAACAAAUUCCUCUAUUCUUCCACCAGAAAUGUUUUAUAGAUUUAUAAAAACGAUAUAUGAAAUAAAUAAAUAAAUAAUAAUGCAUAAAAACAGCAACUAGACGUCAAAACAAUAACCAACCACUCAAAUAUCAAAAAUCUAGCAAAAUUUUUAAUGAAAUGUAAUGUUUUCAACUAUUUUAAACAGCCAUCAACUGGUUAUUAAAUAUUCUAGAACAGAACAAUAACCCACACAGAAAAUUUAUAAAUUGAUGGAAUUGGCUUUUGAUUGGAUUUGGUGUGUCACAGCAGGUGAAUACAAAAUGAAUGUCUCAAGAACUUAGAGAAACUAGAAAUAUAUAAGGACAAUGACACCUUAUCACAGUCUUGGCGAUCUUAUUUUGAAUGUUCAACACUAUAUCCAAUCAGAAGCCAAUUCUAUCAAUAUAUCAAUUUUAUCAAAUUGCUGUUCUGUUCUAAAAUAUUUAAUAAUUGUUUAAAAUAGAUCAAAAACGUUUCAUUAAAUGUUUUGGAAACUAUUCUGUUAGUAUGUUUGUUGUUAAAAAUUUUAACUCAAGGUUAACAUUUACUAAAAGUUUCAAAAAUCACUCAGAAUAGAAUGUAACAGUUAACAAAAAAUGUGCACAUAAAAUUGAUACUUUGUGAAGUAACAAAAGUUAUUAACAAGUGUUGUAUUUUAUUAAACAUAUUAAAAGCAUGGAAAAUGUAUUAAUGAAAUAGAUUCACAUAUAUUAAUAUGCUAGAUAUAUAUAUAUAUAUUUCCAUUUUAAAAAAUAAUAAUAAAUCAAUACUUUAUAUUGUAGAAGAGGGAUGGUAAACCUAUGGAAUGUGUACUCAAAGUAGCAUAUGGAGAGAAAUUAUCUGGCUCACAACAUAUCAAAAGAUUUUGUGCAAUUUGAAAUAAUUGUAGAUCUAUAAAUUCUUACUGUCAUCCAACUGUCUGUCUGUCUGUCUUUCCUUAAUCUUCAGAAUGGAGUUAGGUAGAUGAAAGAUGAGACCAGAUAUGGAAACCUUAGGGCAGGAUUUUCCGAUUAACUAUGUAUGAACUGAUGCAAACUAAAAGUCACAUUAUUUCAAAUCAAAAUUUCCCCUGGAAGGUGUUAGAUAGAUGACCAGAAUGACUAUUGUUAAAGGAAAAGUAUCGAAAGCUUGCAAUACCCAGUCAGCGUAUAUGUAUUGUGUACAGGGGCGGAUCUACGUAUGGACUAAUAGAGCUUAAUCCCUGGGCCCCCAGUGUCAAGGGCCACAAAAAUUGAAUUAUCAUCAUAAAUUUUUAACACAUUUCAUGUGUAGAUAUAAUAGCUCAUACUUUUUUAUUCACACCAAAUAAUGUUUUGCCUAUUGUUUAGUGCUAGAGAUAGGCCUAUUAUUCUUAUUAUAACUUUCAGCAUGCCCAAAAAUUUUGCAAGAAAUUUUGGUCAGGAUUUUAAUGCAGUAAUGGGUUUUAAUGCAGGGGCACUGCAUUAAAACCCAUUAUUCAAAGCUUGGAAAAUGUUUAUUCAAACCAAAAUUUUAAGACAACAUGCUUAGCAUCUGGCAUGCCCAUUCAAAAGGGUUUACCAUCCCUACAAUCAAACAUCAUAAAAAAUAUUGAUCAAUAAUAUGACACUUUUUUU